AUGACGGGGAGCAAGGUUGAGUUUGUUGCUGGAGAUGGACUCAGGCCUCUCGGCCUCUCAGGCCCCAGGCCCCCAGGCCCCUCUGCCUCUCAGCCCCUAGGCCCCCAGGCCCCUCUGCCUCUCAGGCCCCUCUGCCUCUCAGGCCCCUCUGCCUCUCAGCCCCCAGGCCCCUCGGCCUCUCAGCCCCCAGGCCCCUCGGCCUCUCAGCCCCCAGGCCCCUCUGCCUCUCAGCCCCCAGGCCCCUCUGCCUCUCAGCCCCCAGGCCCCUCUGCCUCUCAGCCCCCAGGCCCCUCGGCCUCUCAGCCCCCAGGUCCCUCGGCCUCUCAGGCCCCAGGUCCCUCUGCCUCUCAGCCCCCAGGCCCCUCGGCCUCUCAGCCCCCAGGUCCCUCGGCCUCUCAGGCCCCUCUGCCUCUCAGGCCCCAGGUCCCCAGGUCUCCUCGGCCCCCAGGUCCCCCGGCCUCUCGGCCCCCAGGUCCCUCGGCCCCCAGGUCCCUCGGCCUCUCGGCCCCCAGGUCCCUCGGCCUCUCAGCCCCCAGGUCCUUCGGCCUCUCAGCCUCUCAGCCCCAGGUCCUUCGGCCUCUCAGCCCCAUCCCUCGGCCUCUCAGCCCCAGGUCCCUCGGCCUCUCAGCCCCCAGGUCCUCGGCCUCUCAGCCCCCAGGUCCCCGGCCUCCUCAGCCAGGCCUCGGCCUCUCAGCCCCCAGGUCCCUCGGCCUCUCAGCCCCCAGGUCCCCCGGCCUCUCGGCCCCCAGGUCCCUCGGCCCCCAGGUCCCUCAGCCCCCAGGUCCCUCGGCCUCUCGGCCCCCAGGUCCCCCGGCCUCUCGGCCCCCAGGUCCCCUCGGCCCCCAGGUCCCUCGGCCUCUCGGCCCCCAGGUCCCUCGGCCUCUCAGCCCCCAGGUCCUUCGGCCUCUCAGCCUCUCAGCCCCCAGGUCCUUCGGCCUCUCAGCCCCCAGGUCCCUCGGCCUCUCAGCCCCCAGGUCCCUCGGCCUCUCAGCCCCCAGGUCCUCGGCCUCUCAGCCCCCAGGUCCCUCGGCCUCUCAGCCCCCCAGGUCCCUCGGCCUCUCAGCCCCCCAGGUCCCGGCCUCUCAGCCCCCAGGUCCCCCGGCCUCUCGGCCCCCAGGUCCCCCUCGGCCCCCAGGUCCCUCGGCCCCCAGGUCCCUCAGCCCCCAGGUCCCUCGGCCUCUCAGGCCCCAGGUCCCUCUGCCUCUCAGCCCCCAGGCCCCUCGGCCUCUCAGCCCCCAGGUCCCUCGGCCUCUCAGGCCCCUCUGCCUCUCAGGCCCCAGGUCCCCAGGCCUCUCGGCCCCCAGGUCCCCCGGCCUCUCGGCCCCCAGGUCCCUCGGCCCCCAGGUCCCUCGGCCUCUCGGCCCCCAGGUCCCUCGGCCUCUCAGCCCCCAGGUCCUUCGGCCUCUCAGCCUCUCAGCCCCCAGGUCCUUCGGCCUCUCAGCCCCCAGGUCCCUCGGCCUCUCAGCCCCCAGGUCCCUCGGCCUCUCAGCCCCCAGGCCCCUCUGCCUCUCAGCCCCCCAGGUCCCUCGGCCUCUCAGCCCCCAGGUCCCUCUGCCUCUCAGCCCCCAGGUCCCUCUGCCUCUCAGCCCCCAGGUCCCUCUGCCUCUCAGCCCCCAGGUCCCUCUGCCUCUCAGCCCCCCAGGUCCCUCUGCCUCUCAGCCCCCAGGUCCCUCUGCCUCUCAGCCCCCAGGCCCCUCGGCCUCUCAGCCCCCAGGCCCCUCGGCCUCUCAGCCCCCAGGCCCCUCGGCCUCUCAGCCCCCAGGCCCCUCGGCCUCUCAGCCCCCAGGUCCCUCGGCCUCUCAGCCCCCAGGCCCCUCUGCCCGUAAAGACUCUUGA